AUGGAGCGCUACGAGCGCGGGCGAACGCUCGGUGAGGGCACGUACGGGGUCGUCCACGAGGCGCGGGUGAAGGAGACGAACGAGGUGGUGGCGAUCAAGAAGAUUCGCCUGGGGAAGCUGAAGGAGGGCGUGAACUUUACGGCUAUUCGAGAGAUCAAAUUGCUUCAGGAGAUCAAACACGAGCACGUGAUCGAGCUCGUGGACGUGUUCGCGCAUAAGAAGAACUUAAACUUAGUGUUUGAGUAUUGUGGUGGGGAUUUGGAGAUGGUGAUCAAGGAUAAGGCGACGCCGUUGAGCGCGGGAGAGGUGAAGUCGUACGCGCGGAUGACGCUUCGCGCGGUGGCGCACUGUCACGAGAAUUGGGUCUUACACAGAGAUCUCAAGCCGAAUAACCUGUUGAUCGCGCCGAAUGGGUGCUUGAAAUUGGCAGAUUUCGGUUUGGCGCGAAUCUUUGGCUCACCCGAUCGUAGGUUCACCCAUCAGGUGUUCGCGAGGUGGUACCGAGCGCCCGAGCUCUUGCUCGGAUCGAAGACGUACGGUCCAGGUGUGGACGUGUGGGCGGUCGGGUGCAUUCUCGCGGAAUUAAUGCUUCGAAAACCAUUCUUUGCCGGGUCGUCGGACAUCGAUCAGCUCGGUAAGGUGUACGCAGCGCUCGGGACGCCGACCGAGACGAACUGGCCCGGCGUGUCCGCGCUGCCGGAUUUCAUCGAGUUCAUCUACGUACCGCCGCCGAACCUGCACGACACGUUCCCGAACGAGACAAAUGAGUCGCUGGAUUUGUUGAAAAGGAUGCUCGAGUACGACCCGAACAAGCGCAUCACCGCGGCGCAGGCGUUGGAGCAUCCAUACUUUCACACCAAGCCGGCGCCGAUUCCGUUCGAGGAGCUUCCGAAGCGUUUCGCGACGAAAAACUUUACGCAACACGCGUCGGGGGGGACAUCACCCUCGCGAGAGGCGAAAACUGGGGAGAAACGUAGAUUAGAGGACGCGGACGAGGCGCCGGAUUCGACGGAUCCGAACUUCAGGCCGAAGCUCGGCGACGCGGACAGGGAGGCGUUGCGCGGUCGCAAGGGCGCGUUGGACGCCGCCUUUGCCGACGUCGAGGGCGACGAUUGA